AUGGGAGAGGCAUUAGCUGCUUCCAGCCCACGGUUCAUGCAAGCACUAGAGGAGGGCGUGAACGGCAGGGCUUCCGCAGAUAAUUUCUCCGUACGCGAGCGCAUGUUUACUUCACCAUCGCACCAGCGCACCAGCGCACCAGCGCACCAGCGCACCAUGGUUCCUGGGCCCGGUGCCGGUGCUGCAGGACUGCAAACAGCGCCUAGAGCCUAG